AUGAUAUCAAGCAUCUUUUUUCUUAACCACCACGGUGAGGUCAUCAUCGAGAAACAGUUCCGCGAGAAGGUGCCUCGCACCAUCCUGGAGGACUUCUGGAGUACGUACAUGUCUCCACUGCGCUCGGUGGAGGAUGCCCCUGCGGUGAUACCCUACAGCCGCUUUGUCUUUGUUCAGAUACAUCGCAACGACGUUGUUCUGCUUGCGAUUGUGACCAAUGAGGGCUUUCCUCUCCUCGUGUUGGAAAUUCUCUCUCUCAUCGCAAAGGUAGUUCAGUGGUACUUGAAAGUGCUGUCGGAGAAUACGCUGCGAGAGAACUUCUCGGUGGUGUAUCAGCUGCUGGAGGAGCUCAUCGACAAUGGCUACCCGCUAACGACAGAAAUGCACGUGCUUGGGGAGUUGGUUGUGCAGCCGACGCUAGAGAACAAGUUCCGCACCGCUCUUGACGCCCCUGCAAAGACAAGGCGCCGACACGUGGGGAUGCGCGCUGUUCCGUGGCGAGAUGCAUCGACGCGGCAUAGUUCUAAUGAAAUUUUUUUCGAUGUCGUGGAGCAGUUUGAUUGCAUAGUAGACUGCGAAGGGAAUCUGGUGCAUACAGUGGUGCGUGGCGUGAUUGAGGUGAAUUGUCGCCUUAGUGGAAUGCCAGAUGUCGUGAUGCGCUUGACCAAUCUGGACUUUGUUGACGACAUCGCUUUCCAUCGCUGUGUCCGUCGCAAUCGUUAUGGUACAGAUCGCACCAUUAGUUUCAUCCCUGCAGAUGGAAAUUUCACACUGCUGCAAUACCGCUGCAAACCAGUUCUCAACGCGCAGGCCCCCUUUUACGUGACGCCACAGAUCACGUUUAAUUCGACUGGUGGCCGCUUUAACUGUAUGGUGGGACUUCGCGGAGGUGCCUUGACGACCAAGAGUAAAGACUAUAAUGUCCACAAAGUUGUCGUGCACCUUCCUUUGCCUCCACAGACAGAGGCGGUGCAGGUUCACAGCAACACCCAGGGCACGACGAGCUUUAACAAAUCACGCGGUGUAUUGACAUGGACAGUUGGAACGCUUUUCCGCGGGACUUGCUCGCUGAGCGGUGAGUUCACCUUUGGGGCGGAGCGAGCAAACGAUGUGGCAGCGCCCUGUACAGGUGACUCCGCUGUUGUGGAGUUUAGCAUCCCUAAUUUUCUCCUUAGCAGCAUUCGUGUGGACAGCGUUCAGGUGCUAAACGAAAUAGGGAAGCCGUACAAAGGCGUCAAGUACGUUACAAGCGCUGGUCGCUUUGUGGUGCGCACGGUGUAA